AUGUCGAAAUCAAAGAUUUCAAUAUGUAAAGAGCUGAUCAAAGAUUAUUGCGCGAACUGUACUUUUGCUGGGGUGCAUUACAUUGCUGAUGAAUCGAAACAUGUUUCCGAAAGAUUACUAUGGGCGGUGCUGGUAAUUCUAUCGUGGUACGGUUCAACUCUCCUCAUCGUCUCGUCCUGGAAUGCCUUCGUGGAAAGCCCCAUCAGUUUCGGCGUGGAGACCACUUAUACCAAAUGGGAAACCAAGAUGCCAGCAGUAGCUAUUUGCGAAUCAAUUUGGAUGGAUAGUGUUUUCGAUGCUGCUGAUGCGAUUUGGCCGCCUCUGCAUCUAUUGGACUUAGAGGAUGCUCUCAAAGAAAUAGCUUACUUCCGUGGCGUGUCCUAUGUUCUCAUUAGCACGUGCUAUACGAACCCAGACCCUGACCCUUUGUGCCCUACAUCUAACUACUCCUACUACGCAAAACUCAUACGUAGUAACUGUGACAGACUCCUGAAGAACUGCUCCUACAAUAAUAAGGAGUUUCCAUGCUGUGACUACUUUCAGCCCAUAGAAACUGACAUAGGGCCCUGUUUCAUAUUGAAUUCUAUACAAACCAAUCGUAUGCUAACAGUACGGAACAUAGAGAAUGACCCGUUGAUUACUGAAACGACUCCGGAGCAGCGAGCCUGUCGCUUCCACCAUGAAAACGAGGGUGGGCUGUACCCUCACUACUCCUACAGUGCUUGUACGGUACUCUGCCGUAAGAAUGCUCAGCUCGAGACCUGCCAUUGUAAUGACCACUUCAUGCUUGGCACUACUGAAAAAACACAAUGCAAUUUAACAGGAAUGGCAUGUUUAAACAAAUUGCAAAAUCAUUUGACUAUAUUGAAGCCGGCUUGGGCGAAACGUCCUGGACUCUCGUGCAACUGCCUACCUUCUUGUGACGAAACUGAGAUUACAGUCAUCAAAGACGUCACUACCUCGGUGAAAGGUAAAGCUAACAAAAAGAAGGCGCACAUGGAAAUUGUUCUCGCCUAUUUGCCAACUGAAAGAUUCAAGAGGAACGUUGUUAGAAGUCGACUUGAUUUAGUCGUAUCGGUUGGAGGAACAACAGGCCUAUUCGUUGGAGCGAGCUUAUUAAGCUUCGUCGAGCUAUUUUUCUUCUUCACCGUCCGUUUCAUCAAUAAUAUUCUGAUGCAAAGGAAGAAAGACAAUGAACCUAUAACCACUAAGGACCCGUCAUUUCUGCUAGAACUUCCUGGACCACCUGAAAUUGAAGGGAUAGGGCCUCAGAGAGCACAAGAAGCAUACACUACUAGCGGUGUCCCUAAAUUUUCUGAUAAAUUCUAUAAACAUACAAUCAAAUUUAAAUAAC